CACGUUAAAAGAUAAAAUAGCAAAUAUCAAAGAGUCGUUCAUCUUCUUCUCUCCAUCAUUGUUUCUUUUUUUUCCCAUUCUCAUUCUACUUUUGUGCUCUGCUUCACUUUUUCUUCCUUCCUCUCUCUCUCUCUCUCUCUCUCAACAACAACCACCCACAAUGCCAGGAGUUGCUUUUUCAUCUGUUCCUUCCUCCGAUCUGGGAAUCUUCUUCUCCUCCUCCGACUUCACGGCCUGCUCCCGUCGUAUCUCAGCCUCGCUCUCAUCCCCCUCCUCCACCUUCCGCUGCUGCAUCCCAUUGAAAUUGAAUCUCAGAUCGCUACGCUCUCGGCGCUCCCCUAAGAUAUCUCCUAUUUGUUGCUCUACCUCCCGAUCCGGCCUCGGGGAUCCCGAUCUCGAGUUUCUCCAAGCCUCUGUCCUCGUUGCAGAGACAAGUAUGCAUUACAAAAUGAGGAGAAAUGGAUUCCGGGAAGAUUCGAUUUGGCAAGCAUCAAGGCAUCUCCCUCCUUUCGCGGUGAGAGCGAGUGAAUCCAGGGUUGGCGUUUUGCCUAUUGGACUUGGCUUCCUCCGCCAAUUCAAGCACCCAACUAUUUUUCUCAAGGUCUCUUGUGAUGGCGACUACUUGCUUCCCCUUAUUGUUGGGGAUGCUGCUGUUGAGACGCUAUUAGACGUAUCUCCACUCCAAGGCCACAUUGAGGAAUGCCCUGAUCAGUUCCACUUUGUGUCUUCUCUUGUCGACAAACUUGGCCAUCAAGUUAAAAUGGUAAAGCUUACAAAUAGGGUAUUCAACACUUACUAUGCAAGCCUAUAUCUCGGCAAGCCAGGAGACGAUGAUGUUAUAUGCAUUGAUUCACGGCCAUCAGAUGCCAUCAACGUUGCAAGAGCAUGCCAGGCUCCCAUAUACGUGAAUAAAACAAUUGUCCUGGAAGAUGCUAUCAAGAUUGGUUAUGGAGGCAGACCGAAGAGCACAAAGCCCAUUUUCAAUGUUAUCCUUGACAGCGCUCCAGAGGGACCAGAUCCCAUAUCGGAGGAGCUUAAACUAGUGAGGAAUAUGAACUUGGCGUCUAAAGAGGAGCGGUACAACGAUGCAGCGAUGUGGAGAGACCGGUUGAAGAAGCUUCGGAACUCGAGCUCAGUUGUAUACGAGGGUUUAGCAACUCCUGAGAGCUACGACUAGGGAAAGAAUAGGAGGAACGAAAGGAAAUGGAUGUAGAUAAAGGCUUGGGUCAAAAGAAUGCAAGUGUGAUGAAAAGGGUAUGGAGUAAAUUAUAAGAUGCGCUUAGAUUGAUGAUGGUAUCCCUAUCGCAUGUAGUAAGUUUAGAGGAAAGGCGCUGGUUGAUGGUACUAUGAAGAUGCUUAAAGUAGACCCAAAGAUAAAAUGAAUAUCUGAGGGAAAGUGUAAAAAAUGUAAAUGUAAGAAGACGAUGAACACAUUUUUUUUCUUUUAUUUUCAGUGUAUGUGAGUUUCUUCUUUGAAUGAAUUGGUAAAUAAGAUAUUUCAAGAGGAGCA